UUUUGUUUAUCGUAUGAAGAUGUACGAUCUUCUUCUACGGCAAGUUACAAAUCGAAUCUCUUCAAAUGGUGUUCUUUUUAUUCCUUCAAAAACAGUAAUGCAACAUUCAAUACGAUUGUGCUCUUUCUGUAAAUUUUAUCAUGGGAAAGUAUCAAAAUUAAUGCAUCAACCAAUUCGAACUGGUACCACAAUAGCAAAUUCAAUAGACCUUUCUAUAAUGAAGAAAAAAGUUAGGCAAAAGAAAAUAUAUACAGAGCUACUCGAAGUAACGAAUGGAAAAACAAGUAAUAAAAAAGCAGCAAUACAAAAAAUAAAGGCUUCAAAUAUAACAAUGUUAGUUGAUCAUUGUAAUGGCUUGGAAAAGUCUGGCUGUACCUUAAAAUGUAAAAGGAAUAUGAGUAACAAAAAUGUAGCUUCUGAAACUUCUAAUAAUAUACAAUCUGAGAAUAAACAACAAGAAAUACCAUCUUCAUCAAAUAUACAUCAAGGCAAGGAAAAGAACAAGACACAAUUUUAUGGUACAGAAAAAUACAUCGAAAGUUUGUUAGCAUAUAUGCAAGUGUGUUUAAGUUGUAAAAUGAUGAAUAGAGCAAACAAAACGCUAAUGAAGUAUAGAAAAAUUAUGCAGAAUAAUUUAAAAUAUAGUACUAAAUGUAUUGAACUUUAUAAUAUUAUUCUAGAAGCAUAUGCUUUUAGAAAAGAUCUUACAAAAGUAUUAGAUUUAUAUACAAUGAUAAAAAAUGAUCGCGUCGUACCAACGGCACAGACGUAUGUGUAUUUGUUUGAUGCUAUGGGACGAAGCAACGCCAAAAUUAAACAAUUAGAUUUAUUACAAAAACUGAUAUCAGAAAUGGAAAGUGGCGGGAUUUCAUUGAAUGAUAUUUUUAAUGAAACACAUUUUAAAUAUAAUCAGUAUGAUAAUGUAUUAAAAGUAAUUAGGUUAUAUGAUCCAAACUUUAAGCCAUUAUAUUCUGCAAUGAAUUUACAAUACACAUCUAAUCUUGUGAACAAAGUUCCCAUGAGGAAUAAUUAUUGUAGCCCUGUAGAAGGCCUGUUAACAAUAGAUAAAUUGAAAAGCUAUGUAAAAGUGCAACAUGAAUAUGAGAAAAACAUUGCAGUGGAGAUAGAAAGUAUAAACAAAUCUCAGAAAAACGGGACGAUUAUUACUCGAUAUGAGGAACAAGUUAUUGAAUUAGAAAAUUAUUGGAAAGAGAUAGCAUUAGUAGCAUUUGAAAGAAAUUUAAAAUGUUUAAAACUAAAAGAGUAUCAUUCUCAUAAUAGUUUGAUGGUAUUACAUCCAUUUUUAGAAGUAUUAAGCAAGGAACAUUAUCUAGAAUGGUACUUACAUCCUGAAUGUAUAGAACAGUUCAAUAAUAUGAACAAUCGCACAGUAUGGCAAUAUUAUGAAAGACAAGAGAAAAAUGUUGGUACAUCUUUGAAUAUUAUAUGUUACAAUUGGCCUAUAGAUGUAAUAACUAAUGUGGAAGCAUAUGCUUUUAGAAAAGAUCUUACAAAAGUAUUAGAUUUAUAUACAAUGAUAAAAAAUGAUCGCGUCGUACCAACGGCACAGACGUAUGUGUAUUUGUUUGAUGCUAUGGGACGAAGCAACGCCAAAAUUAAACAAUUAGAUUUAUUACAAAAACUGAUAUCAGAAAUGGAAAGUGGCGGGAUUUCAUUGAAUGAUAUUUUUAAUGAAACACAUUUUAAAUAUAAUCAGUAUGAUAAUGUAUUAAAAGUAAUUAGGUUAUAUGAUCCAAACUUUAAGCCAUUAUAUUCUGCAAUGAAUUUACAAUACACAUCUAAUCUUGUGAACAAAGUUCCCAUGAGGAAUAAUUAUUGUAGCCCUGUAGAAGGCCUGUUAACAAUAGAUAAAUUGAAAAGCUAUGUAAAAGUGCAACAUGAAUAUGAGAAAAACAUUGCAGUGGAGAUAGAAAGUAUAAACAAAUCUCAGAAAAACGGGACGAUUAUUACUCGAUAUGAGGAACAAGUUAUUGAAUUAGAAAAUUAUUGGAAAGAGAUAGCAUUAGUAGCAUUUGAAAGAAAUUUAAAAUGUUUAAAACUAAAAGAGUAUCAUUCUCAUAAUAGUUUGAUGUAUCUAGAAUGGUACUUACAUCCUGAAUGUAUAGAACAGUUCAAUAAUAUGAACAAUCGCACAGUAUGGCAAUAUUAUGAAAGACAAGAGAAAAAUGUUGGUACAUCUUUGAAUAUUAUAUGUUACAAUUGGCCUAUAGAUGUAAUAACUAAUGUGGGCAAGUUUUUAUAUAAGAUUAUUUUAAAUGAUUUGAUACUUAAAACUGAUCUCUUGAAAGGACAAGAAUUUAAACAUUCUAUUCCUGCAUUUUAUACACUGUUCAGAAACAAAGAAAAUUAUUUAGCCGAACAGAUUAAACCUCACCCUGUUGUGUCUAAAAUAUACAAAGGAGCACAGCCAAAUACCUUAACAUUUAAUUCAACUUUUAUACCUUCUAAUAUUCCACCAAGACCAUGGACAUCAGUACAUACAGGAGGGUAUCUUUUAACAUCAGCAGAUUUUAUAAGAUUUACAAACGGCUCCGACAAUCAUUGGCGAAAGUUACAAAGUACACGAACACAACAACUAUAUCCAAUAUUUGAUUCUUUGAAUCAACUAGGUUCUAUACCAUGGAAGAUUAAUUCCCCCAUACUUGACAUCAUAAUAAAGAUAUUUCAGGAGGGUGGUUCUGUGGAAUUAAAUGUUCCUCAAUCAACUUCAAUGUUAAUAGCUCCAACUCUGUUACGACAGGAUGCUACUAUUCCAGAAAAGAGAAAAUUUUUUAUAGAAAUGACAAAGUUUAAGCAAGAGAAGUCUGAUGCUCAUUCUUUGUGGUGCGAUACACUUUAUAGGUUGUCUCUUGCUAAUCACUUUAGAAACAAAAUAUUUUGGCUACCACAUAAUUUGGAUUUUAGAGGACGCGUUUAUCCAAUUCCUCCUCACUUGAAUCAUUUGACAAAUGACUUAAGUCGUUCCUUACUGCUAUUUGCACAAACCAAACCAUUGGGUCCAAAAGGACUAGACUGGCUAAAAUUGCACGUUAUUAAUUUAACAAGUCAAAUGAAAGGAGCUUCUCUUAAGGAACGUCUUGAAUAUGCAAAUGAAAAUUUAGAUAAUAUAUUGGAUAGUGCUGUUAAACCUUUAACAGGUAGAAUGUGGUGGAAACAAUCAGAGGAUCCAUGGCAAACGCUAGCAGGAUGUAUGGAAAUAGCAAAUGCAUUAAAAUCACCAAAUAUAGAAGAAUAUGAAAGUGGGUUUCCAAUACACCAAGAUGGAAGUUGCAAUGGACUUCAACAUUAUGCAGCUCUUGGUAGAGAUCAAAUUGGUGCAGAGAGUGUCAAUUUGUAUCCAUGCGAUGUUCCGAGAGAUGUAUAUACUACCGUUGCUGAUAUGAUCGAGAAAAAUCGAAUAACCGAUACAUUAAACAACGUUAAUAUUGCGAAAUUAUUAAAUGGGUUUGUGAAAAGAAAAGUUAUAAAACAAACUGUAAUGACGACAGUAUAUGGUGUAACAAAAUAUGGUGCAAAAUUACAAAUAGUGAAGCAGUUAAAAGAUAUAGAAAAGUUUCCUGAAGAAUUUAUUUGGCCUGCUGGUAUAUAUUUAACUGAACAAACAUUUUCAACGUUAAGAACAAUGUUUAAAAGCGCAAGAGAAAUUCAGGAUUGGUUAACAUCGUGUGCUCGAAUCAUUUCUUCUGUUUGCUGUGAAAAUGUAGAAUGGGUUACUCCUUUGGGUUUGCCCAUUAUACAACCGUAUAUUAAAUCCGUACAAAAAUCAGAAAAUAAUAAACAAACAAUUCAAAAACCUAACGCUAUAAAACAAAAAAAUGCGUUUGCACCAAAUUUUAUACAUUCUUUAGAUUCUACUCACAUGAUGCUUACUAGCAUACAUUGUAAAGAAGCGGGUAUUACAUUUGUCUCUGUGCAUGAUUGUUUCUGGACUCACGCAUCUACUGUUGAUAUUAUGAAUAAAAUAUGUAGGGAACAAUUUGUUGCGCUUCACACUGAACCUAUUCUUGAGGAUUUAGCGAAAUUUUUUGUAGAUCGAUAUAGCCCAAUAUAUAGAACUAUACAGACUAAUGAUAAAAUAAGCGUUGAACAAGUACAUCGUAUCUUAACAGAUGUGCCACCACAGGGCACGUUUGAUAUAAAUAACGUGUUAUCUUCUACAUACUUUUUUAGUUAAAAUUUUAUACAUAUAAAGUACUAUGUAUAUAUUUUGAAAAAAUAAAAAAUCAUAUCCUGAAAA